AUGAGUGCCAAGCUCUCCAAGGAGUUGAGGCUGUCUCUGCCACCUUGUCUCUUGAACAGGACAUCUGCCUCCUCCAACGCCAGCAGCACCUGCAUCGCGCAGGUGGGGCAGCUCUUUCAGUCCUUCUCUUCCACUCUGGUUUUAAUCGUCCUGGUCACCCUCAUCUUCUGCCUGAUCCUCCUCUCCCUCACCACCUUCCACGUCCACAAGAGGAAGAUGAAGAAGCGGAAAAUGCAGAGGGCUCAGGAGGAAUAUGAACGGGACCACUGCAGCAGCAGCCGCCCCGAGGCAGGUAUUCAGGGAGAGACACCCCCUGGAAGAACCCCCCGGCUGGGAAGCUCCACCCAGGACUCGGGAAUCCAGCGCCCGUCUCCCCCGGAGCCCCGGAGCGCUCAACCGGCAAGAUCUUGUUUGGACACAGCUAGUGCGGGGCUCCUGCAAACCGUGGUAUUGUCAUGA